UGCGCUCCCCUGAGGAUUUACGCAUGGAGAAACGUUCACUUUUUAUGUAUCUAGUCCAUAAACAUUCUGUUUCAUUUUUUGUUCUUCAAAUGAAUUAAUCGAUAUAUUGAUUCUAAACGAAGAGUGGUUUCGUUUUUCUACGCUGGAUCUCCACCACCUGCUCUUCAUAUAUGGGAGUCUCCUGAUCUCCAACAUCUCCCGACUGACAUCUGCGAUCGAUUGGAUUGCUUGGGAAGACAACUAGCUCUUGAGAUGGACACAGUUUUCAUAUAUUAAUAAUGACCAUCGCAUUGAGAUCGCCAAACUGAAAACUUGGGCUCAGCUGAAAGUCUGAACUGGUGGACGAUGAAGACAGUUUCAUAUAUUCUUGCUGCGUUGAUCAUCUGGAACUCAGCAGCCUGUGUAAGUGGAGAACAAGAACAUUUUCUAGAGCCCUCUGAGUCCCCCUGGACUCUGCAGUCUUUGGCUGAGGAGGAAACGCGUUUACCCUGUCGAUUCAAUGUAUCGAAUCAUGAGAUUAAGGUGGUGCAGGUGAUGUGGAUUCGAAAAAACUCAAAUGGAGUUGAAGAACAGAUUAUCACUGCUCAUUUCAGUGAAGGCCAGACAGAAAGCCCUGCAUACACAGGGCACGCUCGAUUCGCAACCAGCGACCCAAUAGCAGACUCUGCUCUGAUUCUCAUGGGCACACGUUCUGCAGAUGAGGGCAAAUACAUCUGCAAAAUCGCCACCUUCCCCGCUGGCAACUUUGAGAGAGAGAUUUUGGUCACAGUGUGGACUAAACCCAUUACGUCUCUGCAGCCGUUCGUCCUGGUUGAGGGCCAGUCAUUCCGUCCGGCCGCUAUAUGCCGUUCGGUGGCUAAGCCGAUGGCAGGCCUCUCCUGGGACACGGAGCUCGCGGGUCAGAGUCAGAACCGUAGCUCAGAUGGUGAGGUGGCCUCCAUCCAGUUUUCUCUCCACCCUCUCCGUAACAUGAACGGGCAGAAGCUGGACUGUCUGGUCUGGCAUUCAUCGCAAAAAGGCCCAGUGAGGUUCUCCAAUAACCUUGUAGUACACUACCCUCCAAAUGCAUUGAUAUCUGGCUAUGAGGACAACUGGUUUGCUGAAAUGCAAGAAGCCACGCUGCAGUGCAGUGGUCAAGGAAAUCCAGAACCUCAGAAAUUCAACUGGACGAGGAAAGAUGAAGCUCUACCAGAGGGUGUGACUGUGGAAGGAGGCACGCUGCGCUUUUCCAGGCCCCUGAGCUUGACAGAUCAAGGAGUUUAUGUCUGCACCACCACCAAUGAGGUGGGAUCUGGAAAAGCUGAGAUUCAAAUAAAUAUAUCAGAGUCGUCUCCGAGAAACACAUCAGUGAACUACUUGAUGAUGAUUAUUAUUGCUGGUGUUGCUGCAGUGAUUGUUCUCACUCUUAUCAUAGUGAUCAUUUCAGUAAACCGCUACUAUAAGCGCAAAAAUCAACAACUGGCUAUAGAGCUGGUUGAAAAAAAGGAGGAAAUCAGCACUCUAUCAAGACAAGCCUCAAUUAGGAGAGUCAACUCAGGAAGCACAGACAACAGAUACUCGGUGAAAAUAUAUGCGAUACAGGAAACCCAACUUCUCCCUCCUCUCCACCCCUCUUCUUAUUCAAUGGAACAGGCUGUUGAAAUUGUGCGGUCUCGGAACGGCAGCGCCAUUCUCCCAGCAGAGGGGAGGCCGCAGUCAGGAGGAAGCAGCAGAGGGGGCAGCAGGGGGCAUAAUUCGCCCUUAGUAUCCAUGUACCCGACUCUUACGGAUGAGGAAGAGGAAGAUUCUGUGAGCCCUACGGAUUCAGGAGUCCACAGAGGUUUAAUGGAGCCUGAUGGAUUUGAGAACGGUGGCAGCGAGACGGCGAGUUCUCAGAUAUCUGAGGCGCUAUCCAGUCAUUUUGAGCGCGCUAACGGCACGCUAUGGCCCAAGUCAAAACCCAAUAACAUCCUGCUCCCGGCCAACACAACCCUUUUCCUUCCACCGCAUACCCCAACUAUCCACAAAGCUCAGAUCGUUUAGAGUGUUUGUAUGGAAACGUCCGUAUAAACACAGUUGAUAUUACAACCGAAGGAUGUGUUCCUCUGUAAUUUCACUCGACCCAAAAAUGCUGUGUCUGGACAACCAACCCAAAAAUUGAUCUUUUGUAUGAAUUUUUAUAUGACUACAUUCUCAAGGUGGCAAAAACAUGGACCGAAUGACUAUCAGGCCAUAAUCUAAACUCAAACCUGCAAAACAAUACCAGCAUUACUUAAACAGUUCCUCAAAUAAUUGUGUAAUCCGGAACUGGGACGCUUGAGUAUUAUGGGUCACAACAUGUGUUUCACGUGCAGAUUAACUGGAAUCCGCCAAAGUUGAGCAGCAAUGGAGUUAAGAUCUUUUAUUAUUGUUAUUGCAACCUAAGGCUUCACUUGAAUUGCUGUUGAGGGAGAAAAUACUACAUGAACUGUUUUCUGGUCAGUUAAUCCUUCACUGUGAUUUUUUGACCUUGAUGUCUGUAAUCCAGAGAUGUAAAAAUGGUGUUUCGAUAUAUAUAUUUUUGAAUAUAUGUGUGUAUUUUGUAUUUUGACUGGAAACUACCCACUGCAUGAAUAGUAUUAUGAAGUAUUGCAUUACCUUGUUUUGAAAAUGGCUCCUGCAUGUUCACCGAAUGUCAUUGUAGGAGUGACUGUCAUUGUUUACAGCAUAUAUACUUCAUUAUGUACUAGUGCUUUAAAUGUAUUUCGUUUUAAUAAGUGGGCAGUGUUACCGCAAGCUCCUGAGAUACUCUUGUGAACUUUCUAUCUAUCAAAAUAUAAAGCCAUGGGUCCUGAUGGUAACUUUGGCGUAUUCAAUUCACUGCAGUGUAUGAGGGUUAUUAAAUCAACCCUAAUUAUACUGCAUAUGUAUCUAUGUUAGAUGAAUUUCAGAAAACACAAUGUUAAAUCAGGACUUCAUUAUUGUUCUGAGCUUUUCAGCCUAAAUUUAAACCAUAUCAACCAUAAUUAACACCAAAAUGCUACAAUAAAACUGGGGGUACUGUGAUAUUAACCACCAUUGUCAAAAAAA